AUGUUUGGAAACAACAACUCAUCCAACACUCAAGGUAAUGCUUUUGGUGGAAACGCCAACAAUAACAACAAUGCAUCGCAGAACACCACGUUUAGUUUUGGGUCGAGCAAUACAAAUCCAACAACGAAUGCAUUCGGACAGAAUGCCAAACCCAGUGGAGGAUUUUCCUUCGGUGCAGGUUCCAACAAUCAACAAUCACAACCAUCUUCAAGUCUUUUUGGUGCUCCCAAAACUACAGGGUUUGGAUCUGCUUUUGGAGCAAAUACUGACGCAAACAAGAGCCAAACGACUUCUAAUCAAGCCUCGACUUUUGGGCAGACGGGAUCUAAUGCAAAUGCUACAAGUGCAGGUGGAUUCACUUUUGGCAAAAAAGAUGAGUCUCCUGCAGCCACAUCAAACACAGGCGGAGCCAGCAAUACUGGAGGGAUAUUCGGUGUAAGCAAUUCGGGCCAUUCAAUUGCGCCACAACAACAGCAACAACAAACUACAUCGGGCUUUGGAUCCUUUACUAAUCCACAACUGUCUACGCCAUCGAAUACUUUUGGUGGAGUAUUUGGGCAAAAAAAGGACGACAGCCAGGAAAAGAAACCUGCUUUUGGAUUCGGGACCUCUAACUCCUCUCUGAAUGUUUUUGGGCCAACUCAAACCGGAUCCGGUGCUGGCGGAGCUUUUUCAGUGGGUGAAAAGAAAGAAACACCUACGGCUCCAACAAAUCUCUUUGAUGCAAAGAAAGAUGAAUCCUCACGUGCAGCUCCGACUUCUACAAGCACUAGCGAUUUUCAAUUCCCAGGUCUGCAACAGCCUAAAGCUAGCUCUCCUUUCGGUACUGCUGCAAACAAUGAAGCAGAAAAAAUGUCACAAUCGCCAAUGUCGAUUGGGGGAACUGCUUCACCCAAGCCUGGUAGUACGUUGUUUGGAUUUGGAGCUAAGAAGGGUGACACUACUGAGAAACCAAUGAGUGGUGCAAGCUUUCUGUUCGGUAAAAAAGACGAAGUGAAGGACAAGCCAGCAUCAGGGUCGUUAUUUGGUACUAGUGGUGGCAAACCUGCUGCCGGUGGUUUCUCUUUCGGUGCUAAGAAAACUGAUGAGCCCGCCAAGAAGGAUGAGAAACCAACUGGAGGGUUCUCUUUCGGAGCCAACAAAGACGAUGGUAAGGACAAACAAACUGGAGGGUUCUCCUUUGGCGCUAAGAAAGAUGAAGAUAAGGACAAACCAGCUGGAGGGUUCUCUUUCGGAGCCAACAAAGACGAUGGUAAGGACAAACAAACUGGAGGGUUCUCCUUUGGCGCUAAGAAAGAUGAAGAUAAGGACAAACCAGCUGGAGGGUUCUCUUUCGGAGCCAACAAAGACGAUGGUAAGGACAAACAAACUGGAGGGUUCUCUUUUGGCGCCAAGAAGGAUGAAGAUAAGGACAAACCAGCUGGAGGGUUCUCUUUUGGAACUAAGAAAGAUGAAGAUAAGGACAAAUCAGCUGGAGGGUUCUCCUUUGGCGCUAAGAAGGAUGAAGAUAAGGACAAACCAGCUGGAGGGUUCUCUUUCGGAGCUAAGAAGGAUGAAGAUAAGGACAAACAAACCGGUGGAUUCUCAUUUGGCGCUAAGAAGGAUGAAGAUAAGGACAAACCAGCUGGAGGGUUCUCUUUCGGAGCUAAGAAGGAUGAAGAUAAGGACAAACAAACCGGUGGAUUCUCAUUUGGCGCUAAGAAGGAUGAAGAUAAGGACAAACCAGCUGGAGGGUUCUCUUUCGGAGCUAAGAAAGAUGAAGAUAAGGACAAACAAACCGGUGGAUUCUCAUUUGGUGCAAAAAAAGAUGAAGGUGAGACCAAAAAGGAAAUAGAUGCCGCUAAGAUUGCUCCCCCAUCAUCUUCAACAACAACAUCAACUUCUGAUACAUCUCAGCCCAAUUUGAAACCCACCAAGAUUCAACCAAUCCCGGUAUCAAUCGAUAACAAAAAUUUGGACGAUUUAAUCUUAAAGUGGUCAAAACAAUUGAGCUCCACUGCAAAGUUGUUCCACACGUACACAGACAAGGUUAAGACAUGGGACUUGAAAUUAGUUGAAAGUGGUGACGCAAUUACCAAAUUGAAUCAGGAAUCAAUUGAAGUGCAAGCGUUGGAGUCCAAGAUUGAUCAACAAUUACGUUUUGUUGAAAAUCAACAAGAUGAGUUGGAGAAAGUCUUGGACAAUUACGAGCAACAAACGGAUAUCUUGUUGAGCAACAUAGAGGUAAACAAUAACUCCGGUGCGAUAUCAAGUGGUAAUGUUCCUGCAAUCACAGGAGGCGCUAAUACAAGUACACAUACUGCUGGUGUUAGUGCGUCAAGUUCAGCGUUGACCACACGUGAUGAUACACAACACCAACAACAGCAAUUGCAGCCCCUUGUUCCAACCAGUGUCAGCUUGACUGAUAAAUUACGUGAGAAAGCAUACUACAAUGCCGAACUUUUGGAUGAGAGAUUAGAUACAUUGGGUGAAAACUUGAACACUUUAAUAACAGAGGUCAACUCGAUAGGAAACAUUUUUAACAAGAGUUUGGCCAAGAACCUCACAAUUUCUGAUGCCAAAAACAACAAAGAAGGGAAAGCUGGUGGUGAUAGCAAGGAUCAAGAUAAGAAUAGUGACGGUUAUGACAGAUCGAUUGAAGAAAUCAUUCAAUUGUUGAAUCUUCAUUUAGAAAACUUGAAAUUCAUUGAGAAUGCUGAAGCGGUGUUGAAAAAGAAGCUUGCAAAAGUUAAGUAG